GACGUCCGCCUUCCCGAAACUGACCUCCUUUUUUAUCUGGCUCAAUUCCCAACAGCAUAUUAUAGUUUAUAACUAAAAAAAAAGAGGAAAAACACCGCUCGGUGAGUCACGCUAUAUGCUCUGUGUUGGGGCAGGCUGUAGUGUAGAGUGGUAGGCGUGGAAAACGAGGACGCACCGUUGUUAGAGAGAGAGGGGAACGGAGGGUGAGUGAGGCGUUUCGGCUUUUUGUGGAGAGAAAGAAGCUAUGGGAAAAUCGACGGCGUCGUGCUUCAAGAUGAUCGCCUGCGGCGGCGAUUCCGUUGAACAUGAUGAUCUCCAAACUGCUGAAAGCAAGAGUUCAAGUGAUCGUCGUGGGUGGAGUUUUAGGAAGAGAUCUGCUAGACAACGUAUAUUGAGCAACAGUGUGACUACAGAAGUACCAGCAUCUGAGAACAAGGAAAUUCCAGACUCUACUGCUGUCAAUUUCCAGGUGCAGCCUGACUUGACUACCCCAGAAAAACCCUCUGUGGUUCACUUGACUGAAGAGAAGAAUGUGUUGUCUACUCAACUGGACAUAAAGGUGCCAGAUAAUCUAAGUGGUGCCAAAGAGGAUGACUCUGGAGCUGAUGCAACUCUCGAUGAGCCCAGUAUAAUUGUAAUUCAGGCAGCCAUUAGAGGUUUGCUGGCUCAACAAGUGCUAUUGAAGCAGAAGAACAUCGUUAAGCUGCAAGCUGUUAUACGAGGACAUUUAGUUCGAAGAUAUGCUGUUGGAACUCUUCGAUGUGUUCAAGCCAUUGUCAGAAUGCAAUCUCUUGUUCGAGCACGGCUUAGCCGUGUGCUUGAAGAAGGGUUGGGUGAUUAUACUAAGCAGAGUGAAGGCAGUGGAAAUAAUAGUAAUGGUUCAACAUUAUUGAGAAAGAGGAAACAGAAACUCAAUGGCUCACACCAUUAUGUUUCCAUGGACAAGCUACUUUCUAAUGCUUUUGCUCGUCAGCUUUUGGAGUCAACACCAAGGACCACACCAAUCAAUAUCAAGUGUGACCCGUCAAAAUCUGACUCAGCCUGGAUAUGGCUAGAAAGAUGGAUGUCAGUUUCUUCAAUUACCAGUGAACAGCCUCACGAAUCUGAUUCGGAUGUGGAACUGGGUAAGGAACAUCUUGAACAUGACAAUGGCAAGGAUGAAGUAUUAGUUCCAAGUGAAUGUGAUUCUGAGCCAACAGGCUUCCAUUCUGUUGCAACUGCAUCAGCUGAGGCACCCAAUAAAGAUGACAAGGUGAACAGUGAUGACAAGAUGAUCAUGGAUGAUCCAAGCAACUCAGAUAUCCAUUCGUUCCAACCUAUAUCACCCUCUUCCAGUCAUUCUGAAAUGGAAAGCAUUGAUGGGUCAAAUUCAAGGUAUGAAACAACAGAACCUGUGUCCAUUGAGAUUGAAGAAAUGAACUUGACUGAGAAAGUAAAAGCUGAUUCUCUUCCUGAGGAGGAAACAAAUGAACAAGACAGAUCAGAUUCUACAACAUUUUCUGCUGAACAACAUGAAGCUGUGGCUACAAAGAAUUCUAGAAAGCCAAGUAACCCUGCUUUCAUUGCUGCACAGUCGAAAUUUGAAGAGCUGAGCUCGGUUGCCCCUGGUGCAAAAAUAAUCAAAUCAUCCAUUCCUGAUUCUGAAGAUAACUCUAGUGUGGAAAAGGUCUCUUCUUCCACUGAUCAACCUCUCAGGACUAGUGAUUUUGGUAUAGCAGAAAAUACUGGUUCCAAACCUUCAACCGUUCAAAUUGACGACUCCGAGUGUGGAACUGAGCUUUCAAUAUCUUCCACCCUUGAUUCACCAGCGAGGUCAGAAACUGGAAUCAAUGGAGUUGAACAGAAAACAAAAGUUCCAGAGGAAGAAACUGAUUGUGAUAGAAGCAAAGAGAGCUUGGAACAUGAGGCCAAUGGGAAGACAAUAAUACUAGAGCCUGAUUCGGCUGACAGCAAAUCAGAUAAGCUGGAGAGAUUUGAAAGCAUCAACUCAGUUGGUGAAUCUUCAGACUCUUUGAUUGCUGUAGAUCCAUCACAGCAGGAUGAAAAAACAGAAACUAAACCCAAUGAGCUGCAGCCGGAGCUAGCGACUGAAGCAAGCUGCCCAAUUAACAAGUCAUCUCCAGAAGCUUCUCCAAGAAGCCAUAUAACUUUCCCUGACUCUCAAGCUACACCAUCAACUGAAUCGUCUGUGAAACCAAAGAAAAACAAAGGUAAAAAAAGUGAGUCCAAUCACAAAACUAGGUCCUCAUCAGCUGAUAAAAAAUCUCUUUCCAAUCAAAAUCAAGAUUCUGCUUCUAGAAGCAGCUUGGAGCACUCACAGGAGCAUAAAACUGGAAAGAGAAGAAACUCCCUUGGCUCAGCUAAACCUGAUCACAAAGAGCAUGUUACAAGAGAUAGUAGUAGCACUAACUCCCUGCCGAGUUACAUGCAAGCGACUGAAUCUGCCCGGGCCAAAGCCAUUGCAAAUGGCUCGCCAAGAUCUAGUCCUGAUGUUCAUGAAAAGGAUAUCCAUAUAAAGAAGAGACAUUCACUACCUAGCUCAAAUGAAAGGCAAGGUUCUCCUCAUAUUCAGCGAUCACUUUCUCAGGCACAACAGAACGCAAAAGCAAAUGUCACCCAUUCUCCUCAAGAACGAAUGUGGCGGCGCUGAACACGCAAAGCUAAUGAUAUUUGCUGGAUUCUAGAUGAGUGAGUAUUCUUUUGCACUUGGGCUUCUUAUGUGAAAAAUCCUUUUACGUUGUUUGGAUGCUAAAAGUGAAUUGUGUUGCUGUUGUGGUGUUAUUUCCAUCUUAGGGAGUUUAGAGGCGUUGAGAUUGCGUGUAAUUACAUUACCCUAUUAUGUUAUUCCCACCUUCUUUUGUUUUCUUAACAUCUAUCUAUUGGGAUAUGAUCUGUGGCUUUUUCCCUAAAGGAGAUUGAUUGUAUUUUUAA